CUGGGCGGCAUCGAAGAUCAUUUAUCCAAAAGUAGCCUUGCAUUUCUGGUGACUGUGUAUAUGCUAAUCGAUGCCCUAUCGGCCAUCUAUAACCAUGACCUUUUAUCUUGACACGACACGUCAGCCUUCUUGAGAGAACUUAUCGUGACCCACUUCAGCAAUAUAUUCCAGUUGACAAUGAGAUUGUAUGACGAUAGGCUGUCUCGCUUCAUCAGGGAACGAAGAUAUUCGUGACACGUAGCAUUACAUCACUGGUAACAAAAUGCAACAUAAGAAGGGAAUAGGUGACCAAACCAAGGGAAACACCACCAUGGAAGGAAUCAUCCAAAAGAUCGGACAUACCAAUAUCAACACCGCCGAAAUGGCCUACAAGAAAAUGCUGCUGCAAAUCUCCAAGAUGCUGGAUGGAUGUUCACUCAGUGGCUUCAAGUUCUUGUGCGAAACACAUUUUCCGAAGAGAGUGAGAGAGAAGAUCGUUGAACCUAUCGAUCUUUGGCAAGCGAUGCAAGAACGUGGAAUUCUUGGACCUGAUAACCUGGAUUUCCUGAAGUGGAUGUUGAAAGAAGGAGCAGAGAAAAGGACGGAUCUCCUCCUGGUCGUUGAACGGUAUGAACGGGAGCACCCCGUUGUUCAGGAGGUUGGCAAUUGCCACCAAAUCGGGAGAGCGCAGGAAGAGUCACACAGCGCACCAGAAGCACCAGUCGUCAAAACAGUAAGCGAGAAAUCUGCAAGAUGUUCGAUCGAAAGUUCUCUAGUUGGACAGAUGGGGCCUCUCCCUCUUGAGCGCCACUCCGAGCGUGGUGAUUGGAAAUAUGACAGACGCAACGAACCAAGCGUUCCACAACAAGUGGAACAGGUGGCAGAGGAAGAAAACGUAGGCAGUUACAAGUUACGUCACAUCAAUGUUGGACUUAAUGACACGGAUAGAGGUUCUGGCAUCAGGAGAGCUGAUUCUGAUGCUGACACUAAAGACUACAUUGAGGAGGAGGUUGACUCUGAGGCAAACACCAAGGAAAGCAGUCGUGAGGCUGCAAUUAAAAAUGUUGUUGGUGUGAGAGAAACUGAUGACGACGCUGAAACUCAUGACGUCAGAUCUAAAUGUGUGGUUGAGUUUCACUAUCCCCCGGAUGUACCAAAUGAGCUAAAGCCGUUUUAUCCAAAAGAUGUGAAACAGAGCGAAAACAAACGCUUCUUGUUGGGUAGGGGAAAGAGUGUGGACGUAAAACUCAACGACGAAACUAUAUCGAGAGAACAGUUUGAUGUCAAGUUAAUGUACAGUCAGAGUUUGAAAAGAUAUGAAAUGGUUCUGACCAAUCACAGCAAAACUAAAACAGUGACUUUAGAUAAUCACGAACUUCGCUGCGGCGAUCAACGUCACUUGUCUGCGGUUUCAACCCUCUUGAUCAACGACCUUGACAUUCUUGGUGCUGUGAAAUUCAUCAUUGUAGUGCAUUUACCACAAAAUUUCAAUGGUGCUGAAUUCAAAGUAAUUUUUCGACAAGAACCUGAAUUUUAUGAGCAUUUAGCAUCAGUCCAGCAGAUUACAAGGGCUUGACAAC